ACGAAAACCUGGUACCUUUGUGAAUCUAGUCUUGUUUGACUGAGACGGUUGGCUUUUCCUUCCUCCCCAAUUUUCACAAUGGGUGACGCCACGAAAGGAGCCACUCUCUUCAAGCAGAGAUGCGCCCAGUGCCACACCGUUGAGGCCGGCGGCAAACACAAGACUGGCCCCAACCUGCACGGCAUUAUGGGCCGCAAGACUGGCCAGGCGAAGGGUUACUCAUACACUCAGGCCAACCAGUCCAAGGGUAUCACAUGGAGUGACGAGACACUGUUUGUGUACCUCGAGAACCCCAAGAAGUACAUUCCAGGAACUAAGAUGGUGUUCGCUGGUCUCAAGAAGAAGAGCGAGCGCAAGGAUCUGAUUGCAUACAUCAAGGAAUCUACCGCCUAAUUAUUUAUCAUCCACCAUCUGUCUAUCUGCCUUCAUCUUCAAGUCGGUUGCACGCUUCGGCGCGUUUGAAAACCUAGCAGGGUCGCUUUUCCACACCUGCUAAUAUAUUUGGAAUUUAUACGAAAAUUUAGUAUUCUCUGACUUUGUUGUCUGGCUGUGUCUAGCAAACCAUUGUUGCUGGAUUGUGAGUUUAUUUGCUGUUUGUUUCUCUCGCAACAGCCAAACUCGUUCCAUUGCGCAUCCGAAAGCAUUGUCAAUGAUCACCUAGCAAUUCAACCAGUCGAGUCUUCACUGGGCAGCUAGAACCUGCUGGCAAACAUUCUCAGCAUCGCCCCAAGUAGGCUGAUCGCCGAAUGCAGUGGGUUUUACUCAAUUUCAUUCUGGUGCUGUUCUCCGGUCGUGUGGCGUUGCUCUUCGGUGUCUCUGGUGGCUGGUUCCUUUCUCUGUGAGGCAUAGCAAUCACACAAAUUCCAUGCUGCAAG